UACAAAUACAUAAUUAAACAUUAAGGUUAAUUAGAUAUCAAUUGUUGAGUAAGACAAUGAUGUCCUCACGUCUCAUAAAAAACUUCAUUUCAGUGCUUGAGGCUGAGGAAGCAGCCCAAGCCCAAGCCCAAGUCCAAGGUUCUAAAUCCUCCAACAAUGGUACUUCAAACGCACUUAGCAACCUCGGCAACGGAGACCAAAAUUUCUCCGGUGCGAAAGUGAACAGUGGUGCUAAUUCCGGUGAUCGAAAUAGACACCACAUCAACAACAAUUUCCGUGGCCCCAAUGUUAACGGUGGUGCUUUUAAAGGUCGUGGUCAUGGAUGGUUUAUUGAUGGUAACUUGAAUGGAUUUACAAAGAAUAACAAAAAAUAAAUGAUCUAUUGUAUUGUGUGAUGUACUACUAGUAUAAUAAUGAAGUUGGAACUAUAUCCAGUUCCAAUGGUCUAUAUAUGGUUUAAUGUUGGGGCAUAUAUAGGAGAUUAAAAAUGGAACCAUGAUCAGUAGAUCACUAAAUAAAUCACUAUGUAUUGUGAUUCUAUAUAGUUGUUAUUUUUGGGUGACAUCAUGUUUUUGUAGCCAAUUAUUAUUUUUAACUGAAAUAUGAGUUCUUUUUCGACUUGUA